AUGCGUUUCGCGAGUUCGAUUAAUAUACAUAUAUUUUUCUACGCAAAUACUACUGCUAUGUUGGCUACUGCACAGAAUGGAGGUCCAGCUACAUUUGUUGCAAUAAACAAUAUGUUUUCUGCCUCACCGUCUUCAUUGCCUAGUACCCCAGGAGCAAUGUUGUCCAUGCCAUCAAAUAUGAUGUCUUCGAAUAUUGGUACAACACAAGGCAUGAACACUACGCAGUUUAUAUUACCACCAAAUAACUUCACUCCAAAUCCGACAAAUCUUACGUGUACAGUUCCGUUAUCAAGUCCACCACAACUACAGGGGCCAAUUCUUCCUUUCUUUGCUCCUGGUUCUGGCGGUUUAUUGUCUUCCAACCCUGUAUCUCUAUCUGUUCCAUCACCAUUUGGUACUCAUAUGCAUCAUUUUGUUCAACCAGGACAGAGUAAUUCACUUUCUAGCUUCUCUUCAACUGUUUCUUCAUCCGGAAAUGUAUCUACAGUGCCUGUAUCUUUAUUUCCAUCGAACAAUCAUAUAUCACUGACUUCGGUUUCAUCAAAUAUUCUGUCCUCUCAACCAAUGGUACUGCCUACUUUUCCUGUAUCAUUCAAUAAUCAAGCUCAGACAAAUUCUGUCGGUAUUCUCCCGAUCCCAUUAGGAAUGAAUCAACCUCUUUCAUCCAACCCUAUGACGGAAACAACUAAUUCUUUUCUUAUGUCAUCACCGAAUUACACAACACCAAUAUACACUGCAACUUUAUACCCUUUGAGUACUCCUGCUAUACUACCAGCCACAACAAUUGCUAGUUUACCUUCACAUUUGAGUACAACCUCGUAUUCAUCAUCAGCAUCAUCAUCAACUGUUAGUAUGGAUUAUACUUUGGCGCCAUCUUCAGUCAAAUCUGAGAAACCUUUACUAACACUUCCUCCGAAGGUUACUGGCAUCAAAAAUAUAGAAGCUUUAGAAGCAGUUGACUUUCAUCGAGAUGCUAUUUUAGACGCUAUUGAUAAACUACGUGAAAGAAAAGCUCGACCAGAUUUUGAACGUAUCUCUUGUCUGUUGAAACGACAUCAAAAUAUCAAUUAUGAACAAACUCAAUUGUGUCUUCAACGUCUUGCAGAUGCUGGAGCUGUUGUAUGCGUCGAUUACAAGGGUAAUUUAAGUUAUCGAAAUCCAUCGAAAUGGCGUAAAACUGCAGCUACAUCUGGAGCUGUUGAUGCUAUUCGUCGUCUUAUGGAUAACAAUCCAUAUAAUCAGUCAACAAAAACAUGCACUAAUUUGAUCCCAUUUUCACAACCUGGUCCAAAUGGUGGUUAUAGUGUCCUUCAAAUUGAACGAGCCUUACAGUUUCUAAUUGGAGGUGAUGAAAUCGAUGCAACUAAUCCAAUGCCACAACUAACUGGAGCCACACUUCGUGUGUGUCUUGAUCGUGAAGCUACUCAUGGUAAACUUGCCAAGACUAUAGAUGGACGUUACGUAUUAGAUGAAACAGGAGAACGUAAGAAAGCCUACCAAACUACCAACAUUGUACAUACACCUCAAAUGGCUAAUAAGAAGUUACUUCCACCUAACACUUUAUCCAAUGCAUAUUUAACUUCAAAUGGAUCAUGUUCUAAAUCAAUUAAUAAAUUGGGAUCAUCAUUUGAUCGUAAUAAUACGCUUACACGACUUCAUCCGCUAGCAGCUAAACAGACAUCCAGUACAACUAACGGAAAACCUAUGACUUUACCUAUCACACCCAAUUUCUCAAUGCCUCCUUUAACUUCUGGUCGAAGAGGUCGUCCACCUGGUUCAAAAGCUAAAAAAACUUCCAAUGAAAUUAAUUCCUGUGAAAAAAAAAUAAGAGUUGAAAAUUCUUCAAGUACAUAUGGAAAUGCAUCCAUUAUUGGUGGUAGUGGUGGUCGUCUGGAUUCCAAUGCUUGCAGCGCGUUAACUACAACUUCCUCCAUAUUUGUACCUGAUAGUACGAAUACUAGUAAUCUGAUUCCAACAUCAUGUUUCACCUCAAAUAUCAUUAAUGAUCUUCCGUUUUCAUCAUCUUUACCAGUCUUACCAUCUAGUUCUUUCAUCACUGUGAUUGCAUCUAGCAGUAAUAAUUGUCCUAAUAUGCUGCCUGGUACAAUUCUACCAGGUCACUUUUCUGCAGCUUCAAGUAUACCCAUAGAUUCUUCACUGAUGACAACAAUAUCAUCUCCAUUUUUGUCUUUUCCACUAUCUCAGGGUUUACCAUUACCAAGUUUAUUCCCUAGUACAUCAAAUGUUCUUACAAAUACUUCACAAUUAACUAUACCUAUGAAACAUAAUGGCUUAUCAACACCUGACUCAUUUAUAUCGGAUAUAGAUUCAUGUGGAACAGAUAAACAAAUGGGAAAGAAAGUUCUGUUUGUUGUUGUUGUGGAGGUCUGCCAACAUGUGAAGAAGCUUUUCUUAUCUGCAAGGACUGUGGCCUUCAUGCAUAGUAUUGUUAGUAUUAUUUUUGUGUCAAGUGAAUCUAUGAAAGGUGAUAAGAGUAAUAGAGAUUCAAAUCCAUCAAUUGUAUACUCUCUUGCGAGGAGUGAUCAACCGAUGAAUUUUUCACAUGAUAGGCACAAUGAUGAUGAUAAUAAUAUUCAGGCUAGAGGAUGCUAUACAACAUUGUUUACAUCAACUUCAUUGGAGAAUAAAAGUCUAGGAUAUUUGAAAUAUUUUCUACCACAAUUCACUAAUUGUAGUCUAAUUACUCAUAGUUUUGGUGAUGUUAGACAUGAGAUAAAUGAAGAAAACAAAAGUCAAUUGAUAAAUGAAAAAAGUUUAACACCUUCACUUAACUUUAGUCAUAAGUUGGAAUAUAUGCACACUUAUAAUGUUAGAAAUCAGAUACCUGAGAUAACUUUCAACAGUUUGAAGCGACCUUGUUUAAUUUCAAUGGAUGAAACUAGUCAAUUUCCAUUAAAACAGUAUCCAUUAGAAUCAGUUUUCAAUUCAUCUAUUAGAACAUGUCAAUCAUUGUCAAAUAUUUUUGUUAAUGAUUUAAAAAACUCUUCAAGUAUACCUGAAAGACUAUCAUACCCUCUGGAAUAUAUCCACAGAAACAAUACAUCAAAUAUUUCAGUCAUUUUGACCAAGACUUCAGAAGCUACUGAAAUUAUUUCUUCUUCAAUACACUCUAAGAUUGUUGAUACCAAUAUUCCAAAGUUUAAGAAAACAUUUCAAUCUGCAGAGUACUGUAACAACCUUGAAAGUUUAACAACAACGACAACUACUACUACUUCACAUGUUGAAAUCACAAAGAAAUCAGAAAAGUCUAAAUUGCCUUCAAUACAUUUAUCAAGCAAUAAUUCAACAGAAGAUUUCAAGGAUGUUGAUCACGUUCCAGAAAAAAUCUCUACUACUACUACUACUACCACUAAUGAUAAUGAUAAUAAUAAUAGUUCAAAAGUUACUGGUUUUAAACAUGAACCACGUAAACGUAAGGCGCAAUCCAAUUGUUACACAGUAACUAUCGCUAACCCAGUGACUAUAUCGAAAUGUGAUAUCCAUAGUAAUUUGAAGAUGGGAUCAUUGAGUCAAAGUGUUCAUACCUAUUCAACAAGUAUACCUAGUAAAUCAUCAAUUAAUUCUUCAGUAAGUAUAAUUAAUAACAUCUGCGAACAAAUGUCUUAUCCAACUGAUCAUCAUUCAAUCAAUCAUACUACUGUCUCAUUUUUAAAUCGAUCAAAACCAAUAAAUCAUACUUCAUUCCCAUUAAAACCAAUUAAUGUAUCAAAUAGGCCAAUAUUACCAAAUCCUUUAAGGAAAUAUCCAAAUACUUUAUUGGUCAAUACUAGAUUAGGUUUUAAAUCUAUUCGUAAUACACCUGUUAUACAAUCAAUCCAUCAUAAAAAAUUAGGAUCAAAAUCGUUGAUAAACAUGAAUAAAUCAGUUACACAAUAUCAGCAACAAUCUAUUAUUGUUCCAUCUACUACUUCUAAUGUAUCUAAAUCUUUGAAUAGAGAUAAAAAUACCCAGUUGACUAGAGAUAAUCAAUUAUUAACACUUCAGUCAUCGAUUAUUGCUUCAAAGACUAUCAGUAAUAAUGAUGUUACAGUAGGUACAGUUUCAAAUAGUAACAAUCAGAGUACUGGUAUGAUUUCACCUGCUGUACUACAGAUUCUACCUAAUAAUCAUAUUAUAUUUUAUAUUCCAACAAAUCCCAAACUCUUAAACACUAGAUUUUAUUCCUCACCUGAAGAGGAUCUUCUUUGGAGAACAAAUUUCUUUGGUAAACAAAAUCCACAACAAUUAGUCUAUACACUGAUUUAUUUAUUUGCUAAACUGCUUCAUUUACGUACUAGUCAUCAAUUAUAUCAACUGCGUUAUGGAUUGAAUAGUCAACUGAAGUUGAUUCUUUAUAAUACUGAUAAUAAUGAUAAAAAGGGUAAUAAUGAGACUGAUGAUAGUCAACUUAUUUCUAGGAAGAUUAUGAAGAAUCUGUCUAUCAGUGAUAGGAAUUGGUGUUCAGGUCUUGUUUAUAGACCUGAUCUUAGCUGUACAUCAUUAAUCAAGUCGUCUGUAUCUUCGUUACACUCCUCCUCGUCGUCAUCAUCAUCAGCAGCAGCAACAUUAUCACCGGCGAUGACGACAACAACAACAUCAACUGGGAUUGAUCAAAAACUCUAUUCAUACUUUGAUUAUUUAGAUGAGAAUUCACCACAAGACUAUACAAUGGGACAAGAUAUCAAGUUGUACACUGUAAUUAAUUAUUUCAACAAUAUCUCAUCAUCAUUAGGACCUUCGCAUAAUAAACAGUCAAUGCCUAUGGAUUCAAUAAAUGAUUAUAUCUUAGAGCAUAACUCAGUGAAUAAUCAUGAACGUUGUAUUGUUUGUUAUCAUGAAUUCUAUAUGUCUAGAAGAUCAAAUUCAACAUUUGAAACACGUGGGGAUAAUUACUUUCUAGCAUGGCAGACAAAUAGUAUACAAGAAAAUAUAUGGUUCAAUUAUCGUCCAAUUGGACCAACUCAUUUGUCUACUAUUCUGCGUAAAAUUGAAUCAACUCUAGCAUAUGCUGCAGUACACCAACGACAACGGCGACGACGACAACAACAGCAACAACAAAUUAAUUCAUCAUUACGUCGUCUAUCAACAUACAAUCAUACUUUAAUCAAAUCAUCAAGAUUAUCUCCUAUACAAUCCAACUAUGAAUUACAAUUAAAUAAUAGUCAUAAUUCUCCUGUCGAUUUAGUGAUCAGAAAACGUCAUCAAAAUGAUAAACAAAUAUGCAAUCAGAUAACCAAUACUACUGCUGCUGCUACUACUACUACUACUUCAACCAUCACCACAACUAAUAGUGACGAUAAUACUAAUGAAUUAUCAUUAAAGUACAACAAUAAACAUCAACGAAGUGUACAACAAUCUAAUUGUCAGAUCAGUAUAAAUGCACAUCCUACUUGCCUUGAUUAUUGGCCUGAAUUGACAGAACGUGCUCGUCAAUCACCAUGGCAGUGUUCUGAUUGUAAAACAUGUACAGUUUGUAACAAUAGGGAAUAUAAAAGUGAUUUAAUUAUCUGUGAUGCAUUAGAACCAAUAGAUCGUAGUCUUCCAUGGGUUUGUACAACUUGUCAAAAUGAAGGUUAUCGUGUGGCUAUUGGUACAUUACCAACUGGAAUGAAUAGUCAAAAUUCUUUAUCAUUUGAAAAAAUCAAUAAUUCUAAUAAUUAUACAAAUAGUCCAUUGAAAGAAAUCAAUUCAUCUCAUGAUUCAAUUAGAAUAGAAACAAAAAUUGAUUUAAAUAAGUCUGUUAUUGAAGAAAGUCUAGACAAAUCUAUUGAAUCUUCAUCUAACUCUUCAAUUGAUGAUAUGAAUUCACCAACUAAAAUAACACCAACAACUACUACUGCUUCCAAUAUAAUUUCUAAUGAAAAUAUUCUAGUCAAUUCAAUAAAUCCAACGAAUCAUUCAGUUAUUUUAUCACCGACUAGAUCAUAUUCUAUAACUUCUACUUCAAGCGUUGAUAAUAAUAUUUCUGAAGAAGUAAAUAUGAAUACAACAAUCUCUAAUCAAAUGGAUAGUGGAAGUCUACAAAAAGAUGAAUCUAGUACAUCAUCAACACCUCAAGAAUCUACGGAAAACGCCAACAGAAUAUCACCUUCAACACAAACUUCAACCUCAGAUCUUCAUCUUCAUCAAUCAAAUAUAGGAAACAAUAAAGACGGUGAUAUAGGACUAAAAAAUGGUACUGAAGCGAAAAAAGACAUUGACAUUAUGGACAAUGAUGAUGAUGAUGGUGUUAAUGAUGAUAAUCAUGAAUCGAUAUCAACUCGUCCAAAUGAUGUAAGUGUAUGGUCUGUAGAUCAUGUUCAACAAUGGUUACUAGAAGAAGGUUUCCCACGUGAAGCUGAAGCAUUCUAUCAACAAGAAAUUGAUGGUACUUGUUUAUUACUCAUGAAACGAAUGGAUGUACUCACAGAACUUGGCAUAAAAUUAGGUCCAGCAGUAAAAAUCUAUGAGAGAAUAAAACGUUUUCAAUCACAGUGUGGUUCACCAUCUUAACAAAUUGAAACUUAUGCUCUUCUCUAUUGUAUGUGUA